AGCCGCGCGAGCCCAGCGCCUCCCCAUCGGGCCCCCGCGCCGCCGCCGGGCCCGCGGCCGCCCCAUGGCGCCGAAGGGCCUCAAGCGUGCCGCGGGCCCGCAUCCGCAGGAGCCCGCGGCCAAGCAGGCCUUCGACCCCCUCAAGGAGUACGACGUUAGCAGGCAGACCUUCGAGGGCGCGAUCUCGGCCCUGCACCACCCGGCGCUCGCCGACCUCGGCGUCAAUGAGGACGACUGCCGCCAGAUGCUGCUGGUGGCGGCCCCGCUGAGCCUGUGCGUGCCGGCCGACCAGCGCCAUGCCCACCAGCGGCUGGCGGUGGAGAUGAUCGGGGAGGUGUCCGCCAACGUGGAGAGCCGGCUCGACGAGGCUGUCGCGGCGGAGCAGGCAGCGCUCGAGGCGUUGGAGGCCUCCAAGGCCACGCUGGAGUCGCGCGCCAGCGCGGCCAAGGAGGAGAGCUGACCGCCGUCUCCGCGGCGGCCGACGCGCGGAAACAGGACUUGGACGGCGCCUCCGCGGCGAUGAUGGCAGCGCGGAGGGCGCUUUCGGAGCGGCAGGAGGAGCAGCGCCGGGCCGCCGCGGGCGAGGAGAGGGCGAGGCAGGACCAGGA